UAUCAUUUUGAAACAGUAGCAGCCUGAAAUUCUAGAAGGCUAAGAGGAUCCCCAGCUGAGGAUGGUCCUUUGUAGGUGCUUCCAAUGUGGACAUUGAAGAGACAAUUUCUUGUUGUUUUAAACAUGAUCCUAAUUUCCAGACUCCGUGGUAUUAGGUGGUUUCCUAAAACUCUGCCCUGUGAUGUCUCUCUGGAUAUUCCAAAGACCCAUGUGAUUGUGGACUGCACAGACAAGCAUUUGACAGAAAUCCCUGAAGGUAUUCCCACCAACGUCACAAACCUCACCCUUACCAUUAACCAUAUACCAAGCAUCUCCACUGACUCAUUCCAUAAGCUGAACCAUCUGGUGGAGAUUGAUUUCAGAUGCAACUGUAUACCCACUCAACUGGGGCCAAAAAAUGAUGUGUGUACCAAGAGGCUAGAGAUUCAACCCGGAAGCUUCAGUAGACUUACUUAUUUAAAAUCCCUUUACCUGGAUGGAAACAAGCUUCAAGAGAUACCCCAGGAUCUCCCACCAAGCUUACAGCUUCUGAGCCUUGAGGCUAACAAUAUCUUUUCCAUCACAAAGGAAAAUCUAACAGAACUGGCUAACAUAGAAAUGCUCUACCUGGGCCAAAAUUGUUACUAUCGCAAUCCUUGCAAUGUCACCUAUUCAAUUGAAAAAGAUGCCUUCCUAACCCUGAGAAAUUUAAAAGUACUCUCGCUGAAAGAUAACAAUGUUACAGCUGUCCCCACUGUUUUGCCAUCUACUCUAACUGAACUCUACCUUUACAAUAACAACAUUACAAAAAUACAAGAAAAUGAUUUUAUUAACCUCAAGCAAUUGCAAAUUCUUGACCUAAGUGGAAAUUGUCCUCGCUGUUACAAUGUUCCAUUUCCUUGCAUACCCUGUGAAAAUAAUUCCCCCCUAGAUAUCCAUAGAAAUGCUUUUGAUGCAUUGACAGAAUUAAAAAUUUUACAUCUCCGCAGUAACUCUCUUCAGCAUAUACACCAGAUGUGGUUCAAAAGCCUGAAGAACCUAGAAGAACUAGACCUUUCCCAAAAUUAUUUGGCCAAGGAAAUUGAGGAGGCCAAAUUUUUAAAUUAUCUCCCCAACCUUGUCCAGUUGGAUCUGUCUUUCAAUUAUGAACUCCAGGUUUACCAAGCAUCUAUUAAUUUACCACGUGCAUUUUCUUCACUGAAAAACCUGAAAAUUCUGCGGCUCAAAGGGUACGUCUUUAAAGAGCUGAAGAACACCAGUCUCUCUUCAUUGCAUGGCCUUCGCAACCUUGAAGUUCUUGACUUAGGUACUAACUUCAUUAAAAUUGCUAACCUCAACAUAUUUAAACAAUUUGAAAAGUUAAAAGUCAUAGAUCUUUCAUUAAAUAAAAUUUCACCUUCUGGAGACUCAAGUGAAGUUGGCUACUGUUCUAAUACCAGAACUUCUAUGAAGAGUUAUGGGCUCCAGGUGCUUGAGGAAUUGCAUUACUUCAGAUAUGACGAAUAUGCAAGGAGUUGCAGAUUCAAAUACAAAGAGUCUCCUUCUUUCUUGACUUAUAAUGAAGAUUGUCACAUGUAUGGGCAAACCUUGGACCUAAGUAAAAAUAAUAUAUUUUUUAUUAAUCCUUCUGAUUUUCAGCAUCUAUCCUUCCUCAAAUGCCUCAACUUGUCAGGAAAUGCCAUUGGCCAAACUCUUAAUGGCAGUGAAUUCCAGCCUUUAAGAGAGUUGAAGUACUUAGACUUCUCUAACAACCGGCUUGAUUUACUGCACUCCACAGCUUUUGGGGAGCUUCACAGACUGGAAGUGCUAGAUUUAAGUAGUAAUAGCCAUUAUUUUCAAUCAGAAGGGAUUACUCACAUGCUCAACUUUACCAAAAACCUGAAGUUCCUUAAGAAACUCAUGAUGAAUGACAAUGACAUCGCUACCUCUGCUAGCAGGACCAUGGACAGUGAAUCUCUUAGAACUCUGGAAUUCAGAGGAAAUCAUUUGGAUGUUCUGUGGCGAGAUGGUGAUAACAGAUACUUACAAUUCUUCAAGAAUUUGGUAAAUUUAGAGGAAUUAGACAUUUCUAAAAAUUCCCUGAGUUUCUUGCCUCCGGGAGUUUUUGAUGGUAUGCCUCCAAAUCUAAAGAUUCUCUCCUUGGCCAAAAACAUGUUUAAAUCUUUCAACUGGAACAAACUCCAGUUACUCAAAAAUCUGGAAAUUUUGGACCUCAGCCACAACCAAUUGACAACUGUCCCUAACAGAUUAGCCAACUGUUCCAGAAAUCUCAAGAAACUGAUUCUUAGCCAUAACCAAAUCAGACACUUGAAAAAAUAUUUCCUAGAAGAUGCUUUUCAGUUACGAUAUCUCGACCUCAGUUCAAACAAAAUCCAGGUUAUCCAGAAGACUAGCUUCCCAGAAAAUGUCCUUAACAAUCUGGAGAUGUUGCUUCUGCACCAAAAUCGUUUUUUUUGCAACUGUGAUGCUGUGUGGUUUGCCUGGUGGAUUAAUCAUACAGAGGUAACUAUUCCUUACCUUGCCACAGAAGUGACUUGUGUGGGUCCAGGAGCACACAAAGGUCAGAGUGUGGUAUCACUGGAUCUGUAUACCUGUGAGUUAGAUGUGACUCACUUGAUUCUGUUCUCACUUUCUGUAUCUGUAGCCCUCACUCUGAUGGUUGUUAUGACAGCAAGUCACCUCUAUUUCUGGGAUGUGUGGUAUAGUUACCAUUUCUGUAAGGCCAAAAUAAAGGGGUAUCGACGUCUGCAAUCAACAGACUCUUGUUAUGAUGCUUUUAUUGUGUAUGACACUAAAGACCCAGCCGUGACAGAAUGGGUUUUGCAUGAGCUGGUGGCCAGAUUGGAAGAUCCAAAAGAAAAACAUUUUAAUUUAUGCCUAGAGGAAAGGGACUGGAUACCAGGACAUCCAGUACUGGAAAACCUUUCCCAGAGCAUACAGCUCAGUAAAAAGACAGUGUUUGUGAUGACAGAUAGGUAUGCAAACACCGAGAGCUUCAAGAUGGCUUUUUAUUUGUCCCAUCAGAGGCUCAUGGAUGAAAAAGUGGAUGUUAUUAUCUUGAUAUUCCUUGAGAAGCUCCUUAAGAAGUCCAAGUUUCUUCAGCUCCGGAAGAGGCUCUGUGGAAGUUCUGUUCUUGAAUGGCCCACAAAUCCACAGGCUCACCCAUAUUUCUGGCAAUGCCUGAAAAAUGCUCUGGCCACAGACAAUCAUGUGGCCUAUAGUCAGUUGUUCAAGGAAACACUGUAAUACUUUGUAAAAUGUGACUAUCAUGGAGAUGCUUGGCUAUCUGAAUGUUCUUAUAAAUGUUUCACCCAAAGAGUGUUUUGCAAUUUCCCAAGAGGUAUGAUUGCCCAGACUAGGGAGAAAUCACCAAUGUAUGACAAAAGAAUAAGGAAGAUGAGCUGUAUAUAAUAUAUUAAAUCUUAUGUCUAGUUUCUUUGUGUGUCUAUUUGCAUUUGAGUCUCCCUUAACUCUUAUAUGAAAUGUUAUUGGAAGAAGAGCUGGAAGGAGAGAAUAUAGGGCUUUGAUACACUUGUAUAAAUUUGAGAAGAACCCCACACAGUAUUAGUGUUUUCAGAAAUAGAGUAAACAAUAUCUCUUUGAUACUGAACUGUAUCCACUGUGUGAAAGAAAAGCCAAAGCAAUGGCUGAAUAAAUUGCUUCAGUUUCAUGUAGU